CAAAUUUUAGUAUGACACAGACAUUGGAAUCGUUUAUCAACAAAGUGAUUUCGGUGAUUACUGGUGAUGGGCGAAAUAUAGUCGGCUUAAUGAAAGGUUUCGAUCAAACGAUCAACCUGGUGCUAGAAGAUUCCCAUGAGCGCGUUUUUAGUGAAGAUGCGGGUGUUGAACAAAUUCCACUCGGUUUAUAUAUUGUCAGGGGCGACAAUGUAGCAGUAAUCGGCGAACUGGAUGAAGAUCUCGAUAAGCGUCUAGAUUUCAGCAAGAUGAAAGCACCACCACUGGGUCCGGUGUGGGUGCAUAUGUAGGACGAAGCUGAGUAAUCCGGUUUGAAUUUAUGAUCUCGAUAGUUCUUUAUUGGAUGAUUCUCUUUCUUUGCUUUUCACUGUAUAGAGCAAAGCUACUGAUUGAAAUUUCUUAAUGUUUUGCUAUUAUUACACAUAUUGUGUGAUCACGUUUAUAAUUAUGCAAACCUGUACUAUUUCUUUUCAAAUCGACAAUUUGUCUCUUGACAACAUCUUCUGACGUUCUUUGCUCAUUUGUUGAGAUUCACUGAUUACUGUUUCGAUUGCAAUGAAAUGUUUCGACAUUUUUUUAAGUCUUUCACAAAAAAAAAGUGCCAGGUAUUCUUUCAAGUUCUC